CCGCCACCGGAAGUUUGCGGUUGCUAAGUAACGAGACUCCGUUCAUUUGGAAACCACAGUUCACAGACAGUGAACUUUGAUGGAUCCCAAUCCAAGAGAGGAUGGUGGCGGUCCGGAGCCACCAGAGGGUGAUGGGGCAACUGCUGGCCCGUCUUCAGAGGGUUCAUGCCCAGAACAGCUGAAAGACGUCGUCCCUCAGCAGGACUCGGCAGCAGAUCCAGAAAUCGUUUCUCCUUUGCCGCUCUCGCCUCACCUGUCGGGUCUCAACACAUCAGAAGACAUGAUGGACCCAGAAUCGCCACAAGAGGAGUUUAUCAUCCUCGACCACGAUCACCCUCUGAUCAGUAGAUAUGAAGCUGCUCUGAGCAGAAAGCUCCGAAAUCACCUGGAGAGAAUCAACUUGGCGCUCAACGAAAAGGUGGCGGCUGAGAAGGAGGAGGACGGCCGCAUGAAUGACCUCUACAUUCAGAUGCACAAGAUUCAGGAGCAGCUGGCUCGGGGGCAGAACAGGCUGGAAGCUGGUCGCCAGGCGAGGGCGGCGGCUGAAGCCAAACGUCUGCAGACUCAAGAUCAGCUUCGAGAGGCCCAGAGCAGAUACUCAGACGUGAGCAGCCUGAACAGUCAGGCCACAGCCAAAGUGUCCAAACUGCAGGCAGAGUCAGAUAAAGUGAUGCAGGACCUCGUUUUCACGCAAGGCAUCAGUGAGGAUCUUCACUCCAAAGUCAAAACCAUGAACAACGUCAAACACAAAGCGGGAGCCCAGAAGGCUCAAGCAGAAGAGGAGCUGCUGAAGCAGGAUUUAUAUCUAGAUCGUCUGACAAAGGAACUGGACAGGCUGUCGGAGCGCGUCGCCGUGCAGCAGCUGUACACCGAAGCUCAAGCAGAGGAGACCCUGACAGGCAGAGAGGCUCUCUGUGAGGCCGAGGCCGACAUGGAGCUGCUGCUGAUGAAGCACAAGCAGCUGCAGCAGCAGUGGAACAGCAGCCUCAUGACCAUCACCAAGCAGAGCGAGGCCCUCUACGCCAUGCAGGAGGCCGUGCGUUCGGUCCAGAACGAGCAGCUCGUGAUGGAGAGAGAAAUCGAAGGUUACAAGAAGUCCAACAAUGAAGAGCAGGAGAAAAACGAGAAGCUGACCGUGCAGCAGUACUGGCUUGACAUGGAGUGCAGCAUUUCUGAAAAACAGAUCAAUCAGACUCAAGUGAAAAAGGAGGCCGUUCAGGCACACUACAGCGCCUGCCUGCGGACCCUGGAGGAGACGACCCGGAGCCUUGACAUGCUGAGAAAGGAAAGUCAUCUAUGUCAGAGUGAGCUGAACGACCAGAGGAAGCAGCUGGAGAAGCAGAGCGCUCUUCGUCUGGAGUUGGAGGGAAAAGUCAUGACUAAAGUGCAGCAGAAGCUCACAAACGACAGAACAGCAAAGCACUACCAGCAGCUCAAUACCAAGAUGACCGCUCUGAAGAAAGAGAAGAUGCAUCAGCUUCACCUGCUGGAGAACGAGUUACUGUCUGUGAGAACCGAGAACCAUCACCUGGAAGAGAUUCUGACCAGCCUGGUCCUCACCCAAAAGGUUCUGAAUGACAAGAUUGCAGAAUACAACAAGGAACUCACUGUAAAGGAGGCCAUGCUGUCUUCACUUCAUCAAGACAUCGAACAAAAGUUGUCUCAAGCCAUCUCCUGCAACAACAAGAUAGCUCAGAUCACGGCCAACACGGAGCGCGAAGAUCUGAGUCCUCUGCAAGUGAGAGUCAAGGAAGUCCAAUCUCAGAUUGAGACGAUUGCAGCACACAUCCAGGACAGGAAGCAGGUGUGGAUGAAGCAGGAGAAGACCUUCCUGGAGAUGGUCCAGAAGAAUGAGGCCAGAGCCAGGGAGAUCCGCAAGCUGCAGACGGAGCAGACGGGCCUGGAGCAGAGGAGGCUUCGCCUACAGAGUCACGUGACCGUCGGCGGCCGAGAGGCGGCAGAGCAGGAGGAACAGCUGAAGUCUCUGAGGAGGGACCUGGUGAACCUCGUCUGCCUGCUGGGCCGAAACCAACACCUCCGCCAGGCUGUGGAGUACGAGAACACUCUGAUGGAGGCCGACUUCAUCCACGCGCUGAAGGAAGCAGAGCGGGAGUCUAUCAGCGCACAGAUGACGCUUGAGGAGGCGCAGGAGGAAACCGAAGCGCUGAUGAACAGUCUGCUGGAGGCGGAGCGGUGUAUUUUACUGUGGGGCAGAAAAACCCAGAUUUUAAAAGAAACCCGUUCAGCUGUGGAGUCACUGAUGAAGGAUGAAGAAAUCCAAAAGACCAAAGAGGACAUCCACCAUCUGGAGCUGCGAGCCACCCAGCUGAAGAAGCAGCAGGAGCGUCUGAUGAGAGAAAGUGAGCUCAUCGUCGACAAAAGGGAGACCCUCAUCCUGCGCAGGGAGGCCAUGGCCCUCGCCCCACCCAAACCCGGCACAGAGGGCGUGCUCCAGCGCUCCGUCAAAGUCCUCCGCGGCAAGUGCAAGGAAGCGCAGAAGCAUCUGAUGGAGCUUGAGCAAACGGUCAGAGAGCUGCAGGAGAACCAGGCCGGCCUCACCGACGCACUCGUGCAGGAGAGGCAGCAGCUCACAGAACUGAUGUCCACCAGCAACAUCCUGGACUCUGAGCUGGUCAACAUCCAGGACACCAAAGACAGG